GCAGGCCGGGGGGAUGGCCGCCGCCGGCGCCUCCCGCUUCCUCGGCCCGCUCCGGGGCUUCCCCGACGGGGCGGCCGGGCCGGCCAGGGGCGCCUCGGGGGCAGGGAGCAGCGCGCAGCCGGGCCGCAGGAAGAGGAAGCGGACCACGUUCAGCCGCGGGCAGCUGUGCGAGCUGGAGCGCGUCUUCGCCGCCCUGCCCUACCCGGACAUCGGCACCCGCGAGCGCCUGGCCGAGCUCACGCAGCUGCCCGAGGCCAAGAUCCAGGUCUGGUUCCAGAACCGCCGCGCCCGCAGGACGAGGAGCGCCACGCCGGAGCGGCCGGGCUGUCGGGGGGCCGCGCUGCCCUGGCCCGAGCCUGAGCCCGAGCCCGUCGGGGCGCGGCAGGAGGAGCCGCCGGGCGGGGGGGCCGCGGCCGGGCAGACCUCGCUGGGCCGCACCUCCGACCUCAUCUACAGCGCGGCGCUGGUGGCCGAGCUGGGCGAGGAGUGGGCGCGGGCUGCGGAGGGGGUGGCCGGGCCGGGGGGGCUGGCAGCGGCCCGGCCCUGCAAUCUCCUAAGUGGGGGCGCGGGCGAUCAGCGCUAAUGCCAACUAAUCUUCCUGAGCGGCACCUUAAUCUGGGCCCGCACGAUUCGCCCACCUAAUCCCACGGCACGGCACGGCCCAGCCCCGCCGGCAGAUUGGCAAGUCUCAGAAAUAUUAAAGCGCGUUGUUAGAAGGGGCUUAGCCGACAUCAGAACAUUAAUCAAGGCGGGGAGCUGCUGGCAUGCUGCCCGGGGAUCGCCCGGCCCGGCCCGGCCCUGCCCUCCCUCCCCUCUCCCAGCUUUGCGGACUGGCCCUGCAUCUCGCUGGUCUUGGAGCCUGCCUGGCAAAUGGCUUGCAGGGGCCAGUGCCAGGGUGCAGGUGGGUGGUCUGGGAUGGCCCCCUAGGCAGUGCAAGUCUGUCCAGCCCAGGCAAAGGUACUGCUGCUGGGGAGGAUCAAGUGGAAGCAGGCCAUGGCAUUGGUCUCUGAGCCACAGCUGCCUGCUGCAGUGUGGUGCUGCUAUGAGACCCUGGGCUCUGCCCAGUCUGGGGCAGGGAAAGAGGAACCCAGGGCAGGCUUCCAGCAGCACCUUGCAGCUUCCUGUGGGACCAGUUUCUCUUGGCAGCUCACUGCCCGAAUCUGUAGGAGUCUGUCACCUCGGGGCAGCUGAAGAGCCAGGGCCCUCCUCCACUGAAGCUCGUAGAACAGGCCCCUGAAGGAAGAAGGGAACAGUCAGCUGCUGGGGUGUAGCUGGCAUCAGCCUUGCCCACUUGGGGUCCCAUGCAGGGUCUGCUCACCUCCGAGACCGGCUGGCUGUGCAAACCCAUCAGCUUUCCCCGAGAUGGAAGACCCAUCACAGCACAACACCAUGUAGUGACGGGGUCAGCUUGGGGGGAUGAGGAUUUGUUCUGCUCCCAUUCUGAUUGCUAAGGGCUUCUGAGAUUUGCAGCCCAGCAAAUAGGAUCACCAGGUGCUAGAGGCUGCCCUUCUUGCAGCCAGCUCUUGUGCUACAGCCCAAGGGGCGGGUAGGCAAGCUUUCCAAACAACAGGAGAAACUGAGACACUGGCUGAGCAGAUGACAGCAAGGUAAGUGCACAUCUGCAGAGGGAGAGACAGGACUUGCCCUGAAGCUCGAUCUCGCAUAGAACAGGGAGAAAGUGGGUAAUUCCUCCCAGCUUCCCCCCCCCAAACAGCACAAGAGGGAUUUGGGGAUCCUCUGCCUCCCCCAACCCUGCUGCAAGCCCCCACCCAUGCUGCUGCCCCUGCCUCUGGCCUGACUCCUGUCCAGAAGCAAAUUGGUCACUUUGUUUGUCAGAAGCAGGGUUCAACUUUAUUAACAAUGAGAGAGGUCCCCCGAGCAAUCCCAACCCCCCUGGUCCCAAGAGAACAGCAAACAGCUCUAUGAAGUGUCAGGAAGUAGACAGGUAGUCACCCUGUACAAGUGGAGGGCUGGGGCCUGGACUGCCUUCUCCAUGUCCAGGAGCUGCCGUGUGCAGAGGACAGAAGCAAUGCCGUUAACACAGGAGGUGGGUUAGUCCUGAACAGGUUUACAUAUCCCCCCCUUCUCACUAAA